GUUUUUUUUGGGGUCAUUUGUUUUCUCGAGAUGGUACAAAAGCCCGAAUGGGAUUCGAAAAUCCUACCUAAGUGUUUUUGCCUCCCCUUCUUUCCGGUCAUUUUGUCGAGAUGGAGAUGGACGAGGUUCGAAUCCUGUCCGUUCGGCUGCCCUUUUUUGGGUCGGUGAAAUGGGCCUUGUGACUCAAUACUCCACCGUACAGAUUUCUACACUUCGGAGAAUGCGCUAGCCAGAAACGGUCAAGAACAUAAUUAUUUCCGCACACACAAACCGAAACCAAACUGCGAUUCUGUCUAAUCUCGAAACUUUUCCCCUUCCUUUCGCAGCGAGAUAUAUCAAUCUUCAUCUUCUUCUUCUUCAACAACACCUCAAGAAAGAUAGACUACCUUUCGCACUCGCCAUGCCUCCAAAACUCGAUCCCAAUGAGGUGAAGAUCAUUCACCUCCGUGCCACCGGUGGUGAGGUCGGAUCCUCUGCAACCCUAGCUCCCAAGAUUGGUCCUCUCGGUCUGUCCCCGAAGAAGGUCGGUGAAGAUAUCGCAAAGGCUACUGGUGACUGGAAAGGUCUCCGUGUCACAAUCAAGUUGACCAUCCAAAACCGACAAGCCGCCGUCUCGGUCGUCCCCUCUGCCUCUUCUCUCGUCAUCAGAGCCCUGAAGGAACCCCCCCGUGACCGAAAGAAGGAGAAGAACAUCAAGCACAGCAAGUCGAUCCCUCUCGAAGAGAUCUUCGACAUUGCGCGGACCAUGCGUGGUGCCAACAAGUCCCUGGCCCGUGAGCUCAAGGGAACCAUCUUGGAGAUUCUGGGAACCGCAUUCAGCGUCGGAUGCCAGGUCGACGGCCGAUCACCAAAGGAGAUUAGUGAUGAGAUCAAGGAGGGCAACAUUGAGGUUCCUGAAGAGUAAAUUUCUCAAAACUACUUUGGAGAGACGAGGGAAAAAACCCUGGCCCAGCCCGUGAUGAUACCCAUGAAUUGAUCAUGUCCUUUUUUUUGAGACACGUGAAGAUUCAAAAGAACGAAGAAAAAAUUUAAUGAAUCCGAGUUCACCAUCACGAAUUUUCCUCUUUCUUUUCCUG